AUGAGAGUGGACGAUUCGCACACACACGAUCGAUGCCCACCACAAGCCUCAAUUUCGACUGGACUCGAUUAUUAUGAUGAAGAUAGAUUAAAUUCCAUUACUGCUACUACUCCAUUCUUGAAAAUGCCUCGUCAAUCAUCAAAACUACCAAAGAAGGUAUCAUCUUCUAGGUCAACUUCAAUCGUGAGAAAAUCUAUUUCUUCUAAAUCAUCUUCUACAUUUAAUACUUCAGACAUACUUCCCAAACCUAAUGAAGGUGAAUAUUAUGAAGAUGAUGAACAACAAACUACUAAUACUAAUACUACUACUACUGUUAUUACAAUUACAACUGUCAAACCGAAACGAACUGCUCAAACAGAAAAAAUAUCAGAACAAAAAUCAUCUAAUCAAUUAAAGCCAAUGUUGAAAAAAACUAUUGUAUACAAACAAGCACCAUCAUUAAAUUCAUCAGAUGAAUAUUAUGAUGAUGAAAUUACAGAAACUACAUGGGUUAUUAAAUUAGGUGAUAAAAAUGUAACCGAUAAAGAUAUGCUUGACUUUAUUAAUAGUCAAAUUAAUGGUGGAACAUUGUUACAAAAUAAUUCGGCAAAACUUAAUACUACCUCCUCAGAUAAAAAUAAUAAAGGAACUGAAACAUCAUGGUUUUCAGUACCUGAAACAAAAAAUAUGAAUGAAAAAUGGAUUUCACAAUUCCUUGAUAAUGAUAAUGAUAUAGAUAUAUCAGGAAAAAAUCAAUAUGGAAUUGCUCCAAGCAAUAUAACACGUCAAUUAGUAUCUAAAAGUUUUUGGAUUUCUGAUGAUUUUGAAAAAGAAUUAAAAGAAAUGGACUUUUUAGGAAUGUUACGUAAUUCAACUGAAUUAAAUGAUAUUAUCAAUAAAAAAUUGGAUUUCUCUGCAUCAUUUAGCCAAGUUAGUCACAGCGCUUUGUCCAAUGAAUCAACAAAUACCUCAUCAUUUUCUAAUCCCGUGAAAUCAGUUUCACUUCAUUUUUGUCGUUCAGCAAGAGGAAUUAAUCAGUCUGAUCCGAACUCUGUACCUAAGAACACAAGUGAUGUUCGAUGUAAUAUUCCAAUUCCAAAUUUAACUCCAAAAGGUCAUGAGCUUAAGUCUAUAUCCAUUAAUUUUGACGCUAAAUGUUUACCGAAACCAAAUCCAUUAUUGCAAGGUGAAAAUGUUAUCAAAGUUGUUGGACAUUCACCACAAUCAAAUGUAAUUAAUAUGAGCAAUGAAACAAAAUAUCAUUCAGCAGAUAUUACACAUAUAAAAUAUGAUCAACCUGUCAAUAUACAAGCAGGUUCACAAUUCGAUUUCCCUGUGGAAGUAAAUCCUAAAUCAGUUUUAGACCUCUAUUCUGAUAUAAAAAAGAAGCGACUUGCAAAACAAAUCGUGAAGAGAAAAAAAAUAAGAUAUGUGCAUAUUCUUAUUAUCUGUGUAUUUUAUAUAAUUCUUUUCAAAAUUGUUAAUUUGAUACACUUUGUUUUACUGAAUAAUAUAAAAGGAGAAAGUGAAAACAAUGAUAACAUGAAUGUGAGAAUGAUCACACGACGCAUUAGACGUGUUUUGGGAAAGAUACAUUCAGAUAAAGCAUCUACAGCAGAAUCUGAUGAUAAAAGAACUGUAGUGAAAAUAAAACGAAAAGACAUUGGAACAGUUGACAAUCAUGAUACAUUAAAAGAUUGGAAAAGUUUAAUUCGUAGAAAGAAAGAUGAUAUGAAACGUGUAUUGAUAAAACGGGUUAAAGCGAAAAAGCGAGAUGUUAAUGAACAUAUUGAAUCUUCAAAAUCUAAAGAAAGAUUUAUUGUACAAAAAAUUAGACGUCAUGUACAGAAAGAAGCAGAAGCAGCAAAGAAUCGUAUUCUUAUUAGAACACGCAAAAGAAAACGUAUUCGUAAAUCAACAUCCAUGGAAAAAAUAAAAGAACAUUUACAUAGACGAAGGUGGAGAAUUAGAAGACGACGAAUAAGACCUCGCGAAACGACAACACCUGAGGAUGAAUAUAUGAACGUGACAGACAAGUCCGGAAAGGUGAUGGCUCGGUACAGGCGAAGGAGGAGGCGACGAGGGGGAGACGGUCAGCCAGGCGAAACGACAACACCUGAGGAUGAAUAUAUGAACGUGACAGACAAGUCCGGAAAGGUGAUGGCUCGGUACAGGCGAAGGAGGAGGCGACGAGGGGGAGACGGUCAGCCAGGUAAGUUGGAAUGCAUUCAGUCAACACAUGGUAAAUGCACUAGGUCCGACAAAUGUCAAUGUGUCUAUGAUUGUAUUCGAUUUUAA